GGAACACGAAAAUAACAAAAAAGAAAAAAAUUGUGAAAGAGAGAGAUUGAGAGAGAGAGAGAGAGAGAGAGAGAGAGAGAGAAAAAGAGAGAUGGAGAAGAAGCAAGAUUAAGAAAUUGCCCAUUGAAGAAGGUGGUGGCUGGUGUUUUUGGGUCUCUCCUAUUCCCAAAAAAGACUCAAACUUUAACCCUAAUUUUUCUUCUCCUUCUUUUCUUCGUCUUUUCUUUCAUCACCACCACCAACUUCAUCAUCGUCAUCAUUAUCUUCAUCUUCCCCAUCAUCAUCGAUGCGUCGAGGUAGAGAUGCCGUCGCCGUCGCCGCCGCAGCCGUAGCAGCAGAUCCGACGCAUCCAAACGCCGAUUCAAGAAACAACGUCGGAGAAACGCGGUUUCGCGGAGUGAGGAAGCGACCGUGGGGAAGAUUCGCGGCGGAGAUAAGGGAUCCAUGGAAGAAGGCGCGCGUGUGGCUUGGAACAUUCGAUUCCGCCGAGGACGCCGCCAGAGCAUACGACGCUGCCGCCCGAUCCUUCCGUGGACCAAAAGCAAAGACAAAUUUUCCGUUCCCCAACGCCGAAAUCGGAAUCUCACACUCUCAGAUUCCGAUUCACGGUUACGAUGAUCCGGUUCACGGGUUCGGAAAGUACGAACCGGUUCAGGUGAACCGGCCAACGAGCAGCGGCAUGAGCAGCACGGUUGAAUCGUUCAGCGGACCUAGGGUUUCGUCAACGGCGGCGCUUCCAGCGGUUGAUCGUCGCCGGAGGAAACCGGAGAAGCCGGUUGUAGUUCCGGUCGACGAUUGCCACAGUGAUUGCGAUUCGUCAUCAACCAUCGACGACGAGGAUUCGUUCCGGAAAACCCUAACUUUCGAUCUAAACCUUCCGCCGCCGGAGGAAGACGACGUCGGUUUCACCGACGAGGAGAUUCGCGCCACCGCCUUGUGCCUCUGAUAUGGGAUGAGAGAUUUGACAACGAGGUUCGGUUUCCGGUGCAUAAUCUCGUGUGGAUUUUCUCUUAAUUUUCUCGGGAAAAUGGUUUCUGGGGAAAUUGGGGCAAAAUCAUGUAUUUUUAGUUUUCCCUUUUUAAAAAAAAUUACAAUUUUACUUUGUUGAGGUACUAAAAAAUUGGGUAAAAACAAAAGGAAAAAAAGAUUUCCACUUUGUUUAGAUUAAUUAAUAUUAUUGAUAUAUAUUAUGAUGUUGUUAGAAAUUGGCAUAACCAUGUGUGUUAUGUAUGAGGAUAGAUACAAUGAAGAGAUUGUUGUUAAUGUUGCUGUAUCUGUGUUAAUGUUGUAACUUUGGAUCCUUAUGUGAUAGAAGCAUUGGACAUGAUCACUCUCUGGAUCUACUUCUUAGAGAUUAGAACUUACAUUUUUUGUUAAGUUUUUUUCUUUUUUGUACAAAAGAUUAUGGCAAUCAGAUUAGAGAAUAAAAUUACAUUCUGCUUAUUUACAA